UGGCGACCCUAUCUCGUUCGUCAGAAUCCGGCCUAUAUCUCAAGUUCGUCAAGUGACCGCGCGUCGGCGGCAGGACAGCGGUAUAUAAGCUCGCGGUGUAUGUGCAGCGUAUCAUUCGAUCAGUGAAGUACUUCAGGAUCAGCAAUGGCAGCCAAGUUCGUAGUUCUCGCCGCCCUAGUGGCCAUCGCUCACUGCUCCGUGGUGCCAGUGGCGCGAGUAGACGCCGACUACACCAGCUUCGCAUACGACGUGGCCGACCCCAACACCGGCGACUUCAAGAGCCAGGUGGAGACCCGCGUGGGCGGCAACGUGGCCGGCCAGUACUCCCUGCUCGACGCCGACGGCACCAAGCGCACUGUGGACUACACCGCUGACGACGUCAACGGAUUCAACGCCGUGGUGCGCAAGGACCCCGCUGUUGUCGCUGCCGCCCCCGCUGUAGUGGCUGCCCCCGCCGUCGCCGCGCCCGCUGUGAUCGCCGCCCGCACCGUGGCCGCUCCCGCCGUGUACGCCGCUCCCACUGUGUACGCCGCUCACGCCGCCCCCACCGUGUACGCCGCUCACGCCGUCCCCUCCGUCUACGCCGCUCCCUCUUUCUACUCGUACGGUGCUCCCGCCGUGUACUCCGCCCCCCUCACUUACGCCGCUAAGUGGUAAACAAUGACGCCUGUUGUGUUGCGAUGAUGGUGCUGCCUUGUAAAUAAAUUAAUUUAAGUAAAAAGUGAAACUACCUAA